UAAACUUGUUGACAAUAAUAUGGAAAGUUAUCACGGGUACCUAAAUAAAAUCAGAAUAUUAACUAAAAUUGUGAAAUACAAGAAGAAAACUACUGUUUAGUGAACGUUUCUUAAUUCAAACAAAUGAUAUAAUUUUUUCGAAAUGAUGGAAAUUGAUGGAUUGUUAAACGAUUGCAGCUCCUCAGACAAUUGUAUGGAAAUUGAUCAAUAUGUUGUAGAAUGGGUACAUCUUACCGACAACAUUUGGAUCGAUAUUCUGGGAUAUUUAGACGUCAAAAGUCUGCUAAAUGCAUCAGAAUCGUGUUCAAGAUUGAAUGAAAUAAUUUCGUCAUCUUCAAUGCUUAUAGAUAAAAUUAAUGUUGCUUUUAAGUUUCCUGCUAUGCCAACUGAUCGUAGUCUUGCAAAAAUUGAUAAGUUGAUUGAAAACUCUUCAGCGUUGACGAGACGCUAUCGAAAUCUUACAAUUUUUAGAUUGCGUGACAAUUAUCUUCAUCACGCUCAUCGAACAAAAUCAGAAUUUAUGGAAUUCAACACGAGACUUUCAGAAACUAUACAAAAUUUAAAAAUUGUAGAUUGCAGUGUAUUGCGAGAUGACUUUGUAGCACUUUUGCAACCUUAUGUCAACUUAAAGGAAUGUACAUUUGCAAGGAUUAUGUUCUCUGACGAGAUCGUUCCAACUGAUUCUUAUGUUAACACACUUAAAUGUUCAAAUCUGAAAAAGUUAAUGUUGAGUCGAUGUGAUUUCUUCUGUUUACUUUUGUUUAAAUCUCAUACAAAUGUCAAUAAUUUCGAGAUGUACAGCAAUUACACAGACGAUGAAAAUUUUCUUCUUGAAAAUAUUGAAAGUUUAAAAAUUUACGAUCCUGAAUACGCUCGACCAGACGUUCAAGAAUUUGAAAACUUUCUUCUCAAAUUUAAAAAACUCAAGGAAUUAAAAAUGAAGAACUUUCGUUUCAACAGCACAUAUUCAUCUGAUCGUCUUUCUUCAGUUCCAUUUCAAUUAGAAGUUCUUACCUUGAACAACGUCAAAUGGGACAUUUUCAGUUUUUGUGAGAAAUUUCUUAAAUCUCAAAAAAAUUUGAAAGAACUUAAACUCAUCGGUCUCAGUGAAUGGGUUCGAUCAAAUGAUCCGCAAACAUUGCUCAGUUUUACUGGCAUAUUGCAUCAUUUGCUUACGAAAAAUUUACAAUUAACUUCAUUUCAAAUUAGCACAAAAUAUAUGAAGUCAACUGAAAACAUUAAAGAUAACGAAUUUAAUACUGAAUUCGUCAAUAAUCAAAUGAUUGAUUUGACAUACAUCAAAUGUAAAGAUGACAAAUCUGAUUUGCUUAAAAUAUUCACUCGAUUAUUCCCGAAGAUAAAGAAAUUUAGAUUUGAAUGCAAAGAGCUCAAUUCUACUCAAUUUAAAGAUAUCAAAGUACUCAAAGAUUUGGAGUCAUUGGACAUCACAAUUUCACCAGAAUCACUUGGGAAUAUUCUAUUCAACUUUCCAGCUUUGACAACAUUCAAGUUUAUGGCGUUGAGCGAAAAGAAAUCUUUAGAGCAACUCACACAAUUUUUCAAAUUCAAUAAUACAAUCAAGAGCGUCUGGCUUAAUAUUGAACCAUUAACGUUCGAUGAAAUUAUUGGAAUGUUGAUGCCACUCGCCUAUUCAUUGGAGUCUUUAACUAUCUCAGAUCUUCAUUUGAAUGUUAACGAAGCGCAACUUUUUGUAUCAAAUUUUCCACAUUUGCGACAACUUUAUUCUGAUUUAGAACCCAAGCAAGACGCUCUUGAUGUGCUUUCUAAUGCUAGCAUUAUUGUUAAAAAGGUUCCAACUGUGAAUAUAAUUUGUUAACUGUUUGAAAAAACUUGUGUUUAACAUAAAAAAUAAUUAGGAGU